CCACAGUGGACGAUCCUCUUUUCCACGUGUAGAGAAGUCGUCUCUUUUUUCUGCACUUGUGGGGCUCUCGCAAGACUGCACAGCUGCCUCGGUCGGGCGAAAGAAGAGAAGCGCGCUUCUUCUUUCUUCUUUUCUUUUGCAGAUGAAAAAAGUCUCCUCGAUUUUGACUGUGAGAAGAAGCUGGUUUCUCGGAUUUGCGGCCUCGUGACGCCAGCGUGUCUCCGUCUCUCGGCGUCCUCAGUCCACGACCUUGACAAAGGCGAAUCAAGUCGUUUCCUCCCUCCCUUGGGGCAAGCGAAUUGCGCGUUCCGUCGAUUCUCCGACUUCUGACGUCGCCCCCAACGCAGCGGUGGCGAAACGCGUGGUCUUCUCCUCCCGCUUUAGUUCUCUUCUUUUUCUCCCUAUCGAAAGACGAACCGGGUCGCACAGCUGUCCCUUCUGUCGGGCUCCGCGCGUUGUCUCUCCGCCUCACGCACCAUGUCUCUCUCGUGUGCUUCUUCUUCUCUUUCGCGGGGCGCGCGUGGCGUCCAAACUCGCCUGUCUGCUGUCCGCCGAAGAGGCGAAUGCUUUUCGUCUUUCUCUUCUCUGGAGAGAGCAGCGCGUCUCGCGAGACAGACCCAGAGGUUUUCUUCCUCGCCGUCUCUCUGCCUCUCUUCUGCUUCUCAUGAGCACCUCUGCGCCGCUCUCUGCUCCCCGUCGGCUUUCCGCGCCUCUCUGGGCUCCACGGUCGCCGCGCCCUUCUCGCCCCUCGCCCUGGCGGCCCGCGCCCUCUCGACCGCCUCGGCGGGGCCGUCAAACGCCGCGCCCGAAAGCGGUGGUGUCUCCGAAGGAGACAGCAGCAGAGGUGGCGCUUCAGUCGAGAGGAUGGAAGACGAAGAAGGAAGCGGCGAACGAAGAAAGAGGAGUCCAGCAGAGAGCGCAGACCGCGAGCAACCGGAGAAUGAAGAAGGCGAGAUGGAAACGGCUCUGGAAGACAAGUACCGCCAGUGCGUGGAGGAAGUCGAGAGCCUGAAGAAGAAAAAUCGCGAGCUCCAAGACAAGGCCCUCCGCGCCUUUGCCGACAUGGAGAAUGCCCGCAUGCGCCACCAAAAAGAGAUGGCGUCGCUGAAAGACUACGCGGUGUCGGAUUUUGCCAAGGCGAUGUUGGAGGUGGCAGACGCCAUGGCCUACGCAACCAAUUCUCUGAAAGAGGCAGUGCAGACCGACGCUCUCAUCGGACCGGAAGAAAACGGGGAUUUAGAUGUCGCAACUUUGAAAGCUCGACUGCAGCAGAUUUACGACGGCGUCAAACUGACGGAGAAUCUUCUGCACAAAACUCUCGACCGAUUCGGCGUCGAACAGUACAAUCCUGAAGGCGAGAAAUUCAACCCGGCAUUGCACGAAGCGCUUUUCGAGCUGGAGCACCCGGAAAAGGCUAAGGGAGAAGUGGCGCAAGUGAUUCAGAGAGGCUACAAAAUCAAGGAACGUGUGCUGAGAGCUGCGAAGGUGGGGGUAUCAAAGGGCGCCCCUAACUCUGCGUGAAAGGAGAUAAUUUGAUUUCGUCACAUGUCUCCCGUCAAAGGAGGAAUCAAGUAGACGAGAUGUAUGGUGAACCGAGAGCCAAGCAACCUUGCGUUUUUUCUUUCGCGUGCUCAGCCGACUUCUUCUCGCAUCUCUCUCUCCCGGUUUCUCUCUCAACAGAGUGCGGUGCAAAUAGCGAGAGAGACACCCGUUUUGCGCCGUGCAGGGGACUCCGGGCAGACAUCGUCGCCAGUGUAGUGUCGCAGCUGCGAUGUCUCCCCAGCGAAAGAAGCUCAGGCUUCGCGUCACUGCAGUAGAAUAACUGUCGUGCCGCCUCAAGUUCACAACACAGAGCGUGCGGCGCUACGGAGUCCCCGCCACGCGACAUUGAGAGAAGCGGUUUUUCAGGCGCGGGAGGAAUUCGGGGGUGGAGAGAGGCACUUCGCUUUCUCGUGUUUCUUUCCUCGAGUUCUGCACGCCUCCCUCACACAGUUUCCCGGCUCUCCAGUCUGAAUUUCUGUCGAAUUCGUUUCGCUUCAGUGCCAAUUAUGAGAACCCGACGCGCCGGAUGUUUCGUUUCCGGAGCGAACAAGAAGCACUGCAGCAAAUCACCGAGAGGGUGUAGCGGUACACGUUUGCAGACAGGGGGCUGGCACGCGUUCGGCUGUCGACCGCGACAGUUAUUCCACCACUUACGUUGACUUCGCCGUUGACCGCGCAUGCACUGAACUCACCCCGGACGUAGGUUGCGUCGGCAUUUGCUGGAGUUUCGUGUAGAAGGAUAGAAUAGCAAGCUCAACCGGUGGGGAAGAGCUGUUGUACGCCCUGCAAGCGAGUGUGUGGCAUCUGUCUCUGGUUGUCACUUCUACCGAAGUUUCCUCUCCGGAAAAUAGCGUACGACAGAGAGGAAACUGACGUGGAGAGGACCGAGGACGAACGGGUGUCUCCUUGCCUCAGUCCGGGGACCGUUUGAAACGAGGGCGCGUGGAGAGCGCGAGGAGGCGACUUGGGCUUUUUUGAAAAGUCGCCUUUGUGCGGGUUUUCUGUAUUUUUCAUUCUACGCAAGGUACGAAGCUCGACCGUCGUGUUGGAGGGCAUGCAAGAAACGUUCCCGUGGAUUCCUUUCCCCAUGUCCUUCUCUUUUUCCAGUUUAGAGUGCCCCACACUUCCGUAUCUCAUUCACAUCCUCGAUGCUGAGGCUUGCCCGUCCAAUGUUCUUUCCGCGAUUCUUCCGUGUUCCUCUUUGAAAAACUUUGCGAGGAACAUCAAAGGUCUCCAUAAGGAUAAAAGGCUGGUCGCGUGCCCGCUGUCAGCAGGGCUGCCGCGUUGCAUUCUGGAAACUUGUCGUCGCGUUCGGUCAACCGCCCGGGGAGGUUUUCGGUCGAACUCCACAAUUCUAGACUUCCUC